UCUUGGCGUUGUUUGUCGUCCGGCGUUACAUUUUUUAUCGUUUAAGUUUUAUUUCGGCUGUUGUAAUGUAAAAUGUAGCGUUGGACACCCGACCGCUAAUUUAUUAUUUUUAAUCCAAUUUUGUAAAACUCAAAAUCCAAAACAUGUAGGUGCAAAACAAGCAUAUAAUGAAGAUAUUCCCCAUAGCAGUCAUGGUAACCCACAUUUGACAGACAUAAUUGCUUAAUAAAUGGAUUGCACGUAGCAGAGGAACCCAAAAAAUGGCUUCACUCACAGAUAUGGACUUUGAGAGUUCAGCUUUGUACCGGAACCCUAAACCCACUACAAUUGAUUUAGUCGGUGGUAUAUACUGCCACAUAUGUCAUAUAACAUACGCCAACAAGAGAGAGUAUGACAUGCAUUAUGUUAAACAUCAGACUGGAAGCAAAGACAUAAUAUACACAUGUGUGGUCUGUCACAAGGAAAUAGCUGGCUAUCCGAGUUUCCGCGGCCACUGCUACACCAGCCAUGUCAUUAAAGAGAGAUUCAAGUGUGAACACUGUUCUAAAUUGUUUUCAAAGUCUCCAUCGCUCAAGGAACAUAUCAAUGUCAUGCAUAGAUUUAAAUGUUCGUCCUGCAAAAAAGAAUUUACAUCAAAGAAGGAGCUUCAGCUGCAUCAAAUUAUUCACAACAACACUGACAUGCCACCUUUUAAAUGUCAGGCCUGCUACAAUCAAAUUGAUUCACUUGAAGGUUGCAAAGACCAUGUAGAUUUGCACUCAGCUUCUAUAUAUUUUUGCCCAAUUUGUAACGAAAACAUUUCAAGUCGAGAAAACGCUAAAGAGCAUCUCAAAAAGCAUUUUGGUGAUGAUGGAAACAACCAGCAAACAUUGAUUGCUUUCGAUAAAGGGGAAAGCUAUAUAGAACAGUUGGGUGGUAUUUCAUGCAAAUAUUGUCCCCUUAUUUUCAAGGACAGGGUAGAGUUUGAUGCACAUUUUUCUUGCGAACAUGGAAAUGAAGAUAUAGUUUACACUUGCAAUGUUUGCGGCAAAGAAUUUGAAAAAUACUCAGUGUUCAGUGACCAUUCCUAUAACCAUUUCAUGAAGGAUAGAUUUUGCUGUGACAUAUGUCAUAAGACGUUCAGCCGUCUCUCGCUACUCGUGACACACAUGUCAGCGUGUCAAGCGAACAUAGAGUCCAAUGGGAAACCAUUCGCCUGUCACCAGUGCGGACAUCGCUACGCCACUGAGAUGCGACUCCGUGAACACCUGCGAGACGUCCACAAUAUCCAUUGCGUCUUUUGUCCAGAAAAUGGUUGCCAGAAAAUAUUUUCCACACCGAAAGAUUUAAUCAACCACCAACGUGAGCAUCACUCGCAGCAAAAUUGGUGCCGGCAGUGCGGGCUACUGUUCCCUACCUUACAGUCCUGUGAGCGACACCUAGACCUCCACAAGAAGAAGCUCUAUGUCUGUCCCAUCUGCAAUCGAAAUUACGGCGAGAAAUAUCUCAUCCUCAAACACGUGCCUCAGCACUUCGAGUCCGUUUUGCACCUCUGCAAAGUCUGCGGCAAGGUUUACAACGCCAAGAAUCGUCUCAUUGAACACAUUAAAACGCAUUCAGAAACGAAAAGUCAUACUUGUACGUACUGCGGUAAGGGGUUUGUGAAAAUUGCUCAGCUACAGCAACACUUGAACAUUCACACCGGUUCCAAGCCAUACAAAUGUCCGAUAUGUUCGAAAUCGUUUGCUAGCUAUCCCAACUGGCACAAACACAUGCGCAGAAUGCACGAAGUCGACGGUAAAAAAUUCAAAAAAGAAACAGAUAAAGCUUCAAACAUUAUUGAUGAUUCAGAAUCCGAUAGUGUCGAUAAUUUAGACGGGGAAGAAUCGCCUACAGACAUUGAAUUAAAAGAAAACAAUGCAAAGCAAUUAACAACAGAAAUUCUGCUGGACCAAGUCGAUACCUUUCCAAAAACAGAGCUACACGUUGGGAUAUCUGAUGCUUAUGUGUCACAGGAACGGGACGACAGCACCAUUACCUCCCCAAAAACAGAGCUACACGUUGGGAUAUCUGAUGCUUACGUCUUACAGGAACCGGACGACAGCACAAUGGAGUCGGAUAGUAUCGAUCAGAUCAUUACAGAAAAGGAACUAGAAAUAUUUAAAGAUGCAAAAAAUGAAAAUAUGAAAAAUAUAUUUGAAUUUAUCAAUGUCCUACCGAAUAAUAAUACCCCCACAUUAGUUAGCGGUAAGUUAAUUUUAACAAUCCAUCUCGUAAUUUUUCUGUCUAUUUCAAUGAACUUUUGAGUGAAUCGGUUUUUACGAAAUAUAACACUUAAAUCUAACUAGCUA